UCACUCAAACCCUCCUCAUUUUUUUUUCCUCAAAUAAAUGUUUUAAAUAGCACUGUGUGUUCUGUGCACUGGCCAUCGUCCUCUCACCUUUUCACUCCUCCCUCCAUCUGUUUCUCUCACUGCAAAAACACAAACACGCUUCAGUUUAACCCGUUUUCCUCACUGCUUCUCUGGAUUUUUCUGCUGGAAGACUUUAAGUCAGCUUCUCUCGACAAGCUCAUCGAGAUGCGUUGCGUGACCUGGCUGCUGUUGGGGACCUGCCUCUUGGUCCUGGGCCCCGCUGUGCAGGGAGCGCCGACCCAGUGCCCGAGCCUGUGCCACUGCCAUGGCGACCUGCAGCAUGUCAUUUGUGACAAUGUGGGGCUGAAGAGGAUCCCAAGAGUUUCUGAGGCCACCCGUCUGAUGAACCUGCAGAGGAACAACCUGGGCACCAUACCUACAGGGGCUUUUAGUGAAAGCAAGGGGCUCAUCUCUCUGCACAUGCAGCACUGUCAACUCAAAGAGAUUGGAUCUCAUGCCUUCAAAGGGCUGAAGAAGCUCAUCUAUCUCUACCUGUCCAACAACGAGAUCAGCAACAUAAAACCUGGUGCCUUUGAGGACCUCACAGAGCUCACCUACCUCCACCUAGACGGAAACGAGAUCAGCGAGCUGACAAAAGGAAUCUUCUCUCCUAUGAUCAACCUCUUUAUUCUGCAGCUCAAUGACAACAAGCUGCGGGAGCUGCAGCCGGGAACCUUUACAGGAGCCAAGGACUUGCGCUGGCUGCACAUGAGCGGAAAUGAGCUGAUAACCCUGCACCCAGGCUCUCUGGACGAUGUGGAGAACCUUGCUAUUUUUCAUUUAGAAAGAAACAAGCUGUCCACUUAUCCGAGCGUGGCAAUGAGCAAACUGCGGGUGGUGGAGGAGCUCAUGUUGGGAAAGAACCCAAUGAAGAUCAUCCCGGACAACGCCUUCCAGAGCUUUGGGCGCUACAUGGAGAGACUACACCUGGACAACAUGGGUCUGGAGAAGUUCUCAGAUGGGGCAUUUAAUGGUGUGACAGCAAUCAAGUGGCUUCACCUGGACAACAACAAGCUAAAGUCCCUUCCCAAAGGUUUCAUAUUUGGCACCACCAUCACCAACCUGACCCUCUCCAACAAUCCCUGGAACUGCUCAUGCCAGCUUGCUCCACUACGCAGGUGGAUGGACUCCACCCGAAACCGUCCAGAUGCAGUGUGUGCAUCUCCACCUUUGCAGAAAGGAAAGCAAGUCAGAGACAGCACCGCCUUCGGUACCUGCAAGGUCAAGCCAAAGAGAGCCAAGAAGGGCACGCGCCAAUGAACUCGCAGCUGUACAGGGGACACAGUGGAGGAGCUAGUCCAGGUGACCGGCUACGUGGAAGGCAACGCUUAUCAGCUCUACUUUAAGACUUCCAUCUUUUCAUAUGCCAACAUGCUGUCAGCAGUGUAAACACAAACACAGUCAUUAAUGUUACUCACAAACAUGCAUGGACCAGUUUUAAUGUCCCUCAUUUAAGUCAAAUUUAAGACAAAGACUGAAAUAUGGAGUGAAAGCAGUAAGAUGAGACCAUCGAUAUACAGAAUGUAUUCCAGUAUUUUCUGUCACACCAACACAGAAAACGUGAGACGUUUUUAGAUGACCAGAAAGACAGAAAACAGCUGCUUCAAUUUUUUUUGUCUUUCUUUCAGUACCAUCAUUAUUUUUACUUAAUGUGCAGGAAUAGGAUGAAUGCAGGAUCAUUAAUGCUAUUUGUUUUUGUUAUUAUGUUAUUUUAAAAAUUACAAUAACUGGGAGAGUUUCAGGAGACCUCAUUCACAUCAACAUAUAUUCAGCAUCUUUACAUUUCCUAGACUUUUGGAAGUGAAAACAAGUGCUCACAUCCAAUAAACCUUUCA